GCUUGAAGAACUCCAUGUUGUUGAUAUACAGUUUUUGCAUGGCUGUGAUGCUCCCACAAUUGUCUUCAUUUAUCAGGAAACUCAUGGUCGGCAUGUCAAAACAUAUGAGGUGAACUUGAGAGAGCACGAGUUUAUAAAAGGCCCUUGGAAGCAAGACAAUGUUGAAGUUGAAGCAUGUAGAAUUAUCGCAGUCCCCGAGCCCCUCUGUGGAGCACUAAUAGUAGGCCAGGAGUCCAUCACAUAUCACAAAGGAUCUAAUUAUUAUGCGAUUGCACCUCCAGCACUCAAGCAAAGUACUAUAACAUGCUAUGGCAAAAUAGACUCCAAUGGCUCAAGAUACUUACURGGAGACAUGAAUGGACGGUUGUUUAUGCUGCUCUUAGAGAAACAAGAACUUUUGGAUGGGACUUUGGAAGUAAAGGACUUAAAACUGGAGCUUUUGGGAGAGACAUCAAUAGCACAUUGCCUGGUCUAUCUGGACAAUGGUGUCGUCUUUGUUGGUUCUCUUUUCGGCGACUCCCAGCUGGUUAAACUUAACACAGAUGCAGAUGAGCGUGGGUCUUAUGUUCAAGUUCUGGAGACAUUCACCAAUCUUGGUCCUAUUGUAGACAUGGCGGUAGUGGACCUGGAGAGGCAAGGACAGGGCCAGCUUGUGACGUGUUCUGGCGUUAGCAAGGAAGGUUCUCUUCGCAUUAUCCGUAAUGGAAUCGGCAUCCAUGAACAUGCCACCAUUGACCUUCCAGGCAUUAUGGGUAUAUGGGCACUCAAGAUGAAACCAACAGACCAAGAUUAUGAUGAUACUCUUGUCCUGUCAUUUGUUGGUGGUAGCAGAGUGCUUGCUCUUAACGGUGAAGAAGUAGAGGARACAGAAAUGGCUGGUUUUGAUGAUGACCAACAAACAUAUUUCUGCGGGAAUGUCACUAAUAAUCAAAUUAUCCAGAUAACAGCUUUAUCCGUAAGGCUUAUUAACAGUGCUACUGGCGAGCUUGUCAGUGAAUGGCGACAUCAUUCAGGCAAAAACAUUAGCGUCGGGGCGUGUAAUUCUCUACAAGUUGUAGCAGCCGUUGGUAGCGAGCUGUAUUACAUUGAAAUAAGAGUUGGAGAGCUUGUGCAGAUAAGUCAAGUGACUAUGGAACAUGAAGUUGCUUGUCUUGAUAUAACACCUAUAGAGCAAAAUACCAGGGCAGAGCUUGUUAGUGUUGGUUUGUGGACUGAUAUAUCUGUGAGAGUGCUAAGACUCCCAAGUCUUGAAUCUAUGUUUGUGGAAAUGCUUGGAGGAGAAAUCAUUCCUCGUUCAAUAUUGAAGACAUCUUUUGAAGGCAUUCAUUACUUGCUGUGCGCAUUGGGUGAUGGUACGCUAUUCUACUUUACCAUGGACCAAACCACAGGUGCUCUGUCAGAACGAAAGAAAGUGACCCUGGGCACUCAACCUACAAUAUUAAGGACCUUCAAGUCCCUAUCUACUGUGAAUGUUUUUGCAUGUUCAGACAGACCAACUGUUAUUUAUUCCAGUAAUCAUAAGCUUGUUUUCUCUAAUGUCAACCUUAAGGAAGUGAACUACAUGUGUCCAUUGAAUUCUCAAGGAUAUCCUGACAGUCUUGCGCUUGCCAAUGAGGGGACAUUGACAAUUGGGACCAUUGAUGAGAUUCAGAAACUACACAUCAGAACUGUACCACUAGGAGAGUCUCCAAGUCACGCAUUCUCACUUACUUUCCUGUCACUCUUUUCUGUAGUCACGCAUUCUCAUCAGCUGCAAGACUGUGAAUGGGCCCUCAGUUUAAUGUCCUGCACGUUGUCAGAUGACCCGAACACGUACUACUGUGUUGGUACGGCUUACGUCUUUCCUGAAGAAAAUGAACCUAAGUUAGGAAGAUUAUUGCUUUUCCAGAUAAAUGAUGGUAAACUUAUCCAGAUUGCUGAAAAGGAAGUCAAAGGAGCUGUGUACACACUAGUGGAAUUCAAUGGAAAAGUUUUGGCGGGAAUAAACAGUAAUGUUGGUAUAUUUGAAUGGACGGCUGACAAGGAGCUUAGACCAGAGUGUUGGUAUUAUGAUAAUAUCUUAGCGCUGUAUCUAAAGACUAAAGGGGACUUUAUCCUGGUCGGUGAUAUGAUGAGAUCUAUAACAUUACUGCUGUACGUACCAAUGGAAGGAUCACUUCAAGAGAUUGCUCAUGACUUCAGCCCAAAAUGGAUGACUGCCAUAGAAAUCCUGGAUGACGACACGUUUCUUGGCGCUGAAAACUCCUUCAAUCUCUUCACUUGUCAGAAAAACAGCGGAGCCGCGACUGAUGAGGAGCGACUUUACUUACAAGAUACUGGACUCUACCAUUUGGGGGAGUUUAUUAAUGUAUUCAGACAUGGAUCUUUGGUGAUGGAGCACUUAGGGGAGUCCUCGACGCCGUUCCAUAGUAACGUACUCUUCGGUACAGUUACUGGGAGAAUCGGUAUCGUCGGGCAGCUGUCCAAAGAUCUGUUCGAGUUCCUUCUACAAGUACAAAAGAAGCUUAACAAGGUCAUCAAAAGCGUUGGUAAAAUCGACCAUAGCUUCUGGCGGUCGUUUUCGAACGAGCGGAAGACUGAGGCRUCGCAUGGUUUCAUUGAUGGCGAUCUAAUCGAGAGUUUUUUGGAUUUACCACGUGCUAAGAUGAAGGAAGUGACGUCAGGUCUACAGAUCGACGGCGACGACGGCAGCAAGAAGGAAUGCACUGUCGAUGACCUCGUYAAAAUUGUSGAAGAACUCACAAGAAUCCACUAAAAACUAUAUMACAAUAGCCAGCGGUCUUCAUAAAUAAAGGGAGACCGCAAUACAUUAGCUCAGCGGUUAAUGUAGUCGGAGCAGUCUCUGUCGUUUCAUCCAGAAAACGUCAAAAAUGGACAAGUAUAAUCACCCGACUGUAAAGAGUUUUGAAAAAGCUGACUACAACAAAUGAUGGCUACACAGGCUUAUAGAAACAUUGUGCAAAGGUACCAUUUUGUUCAGCAUAGCAUUGAUGGUAGUUGUAGUAUUCGCACUGAUUAUAAGAGAGUUUUUGAUUCACGUUUACUGCAAACGCCAAACGUCAAAUUAUCGUUUAUGCUUUGUAACAAAAUUUUAAACGAACGUAAAAACGCUUCGAAAGGAAUAGUGAUGCGCUUAUGCACAAAAAAGUGAUCUAUUUUAUACACAAUCGCGAAAGAACKGAGCGUUWAWYACAGAAAAACAGUGAUCACGUGAUCAGUUUUGACGUUUGGCGUUCGCCUUAAACGCGUAUCUAARACUCUAUAGACAAUAAGAUAUCUCCCUAAAAGCCGAGAUGUUCUCUUUGUAGAAACGGCACAACUGCUUCUAUGUUUGCAAAGAAAAAGCAAAAUUGCUUAUGAGGAGUGUUUUUUUCUUAAAAGAGAACAUGAAAAAGACCGAGGACUACACCUCCCAUCAUGCUUUGCAAUACAACAUUGGUGCGCACGCUUCCCUUCAUGCAUGUACUCAGAAUUUUUGUAUUCGUGUAGUACAUUGCUACGCACUCRCCAACGAAGUUAUUAUCUUAUCAAAUAGUUUUCCACUACGGAAMAGUUGUUUUUCUUUGUAAGUCCCAAUGGAAAAUAGUCUCCACUACGGUUCCCUGCGCCUUCUUGAAAUGUAGCCGUGGCUUUGCAUCAAAGCAAACGACAGUUGAGCGUGCAAUGAUAGAAACCUUUUUUCACACCUACAGACAAUUAUUCACAGAUGUCUAUCAUUGCACGGUCAAUGGUCGUCUCGCUUCGAUGUAAAGGCACGGCUACCUUUCAAGAUGGCGACGUAACCGUGAAGGAGACUAUUAGAUGAUUCAACCUCUAAAGAGGUUACUGAAUUUCGCUUUGAGUUAAGUCGAGUUUUUAAUGUAAAUAUUGUAAGUUGUUGUAAUGACUGUGAACUAGUAAAAUAUAAUAUUGAAUUAG